UUAUGCUUCUUUGAGUUCAGAGAAUUUCACUGGCAAUUCUGUUUUCCCCCUCAUCUUCUUUAUAUUGCAUUUUAAAAACGAAAUUCGUUAACGCAAGUAUGAGCUCAAUUUGUUGAGACGAUGAUUUGAUUCCCGGAUCCAAGGCAGUUGCUUGAUCACGGGCUACCAAGAUGGCUUGGUUUAGUGGAUCAAAUUCAUGGGGCAACUUCCCUGAUUUGGCGGGAGCAGUGAAUAAGCUUCAGGAGAGUGUGAAGAAUAUUGAGAAAAAUUUUGACUCCGCUCUUGGGUUUGAAGGGAAGUCUGAAUCCAGCAAUGAAGGUAAUUACAUUGUACAAGAAAAAACAUCUGGACAGUCUGAAUCAUCCCAACAAAAACCUGUAUCCCAGGAUAUGAUGAAAAAUACUGAGCCUUCAAAUCAUCCAACAAUUACUGAGGUAGAAGGAGUUGGAAAUGAUAAUGCGGCCCGUACCGAAACUGAAGAAAUUGCUUCUGGAGAAGAAAAGAAAGUGAUCACAGUAGAGGAGGGUGAUAAGCUUAUAGAGUCAGAAAGUGGAACCAUGGUGCAGAAGUCAGACCAUGAAAAGGAAGAAAACCAGUUUCCUGCAAUGCCAGCUGAUUCGUCUGAACCCAUCAUGCAGAAUGUUGAACGUUCUGUUUCUGUUGACGGUCCUCAAGAGAAUGAAAUUGAUGAAGUUGAGAAUACUGCAAGUCCAGUGCCAGCACAACUCAAGCCUGUUAAUCUUGGGAAGGAUCAAGUUGAGGGUAGUUUGAGUGAGCAAAGUGAGCUGCAUGGUGUUACUGAUGUGCAAGAUAAUUUCCAAGCCAAGACAGAAGAGGAGAGGAAAGAAGAGAGGGUGCAAGAAGAAGCUAUUAUGGAGCAAGUUUCUCCAGCACAAUCUGAGGAAUCUGGUAAUAGCAAAGGUGGAGAUGAGACAAAGCCUCCUGUUUUGCAUUCUGUGGCUACUGAGGAAACUGAUAGCAUUAAUCUAUCACAUGAUGAACACUUAACCAAUGCUAGUCCUCAAAAUGAGUCUUUUAAUGUGCUACCCAAUUUGGGUUUGCACGAAAAUGAAGAAAUUCUCAGGGCAGUUGAAGGGGAUCACUUAGUCAAUGAUGUUAAAACUGACAAGAAAGAGCAGCAUCCCAAUUCUGUAAUGGAUAACUCUGACUCAGAUUCUUUGCUUGAGCUGGAGAAAGUGAAGAGCGAGAUGAAAAUGAUGGAAACUGCACUCCAAGGUGCUGCAAGACAAGCUCAGGCCAAAGCUGAUGAGAUAGCCAGAUUGAUGGGUGAAAAUGAACACAUGAAAGCUAUGAUUGAGGAUUUAAAGAGAAAAUCCAGUGAGGCAGAAGUUGAGACUUUGCGAGAGGAAUAUCAUCAGAAGGUUGCAACUCUUGAGCGAAAGUUGUAUGCUCUCACUAAGGAAAGAGAUAGACGCUUCGACGAGAGCAGAGUAAAAGAAGUGAUGCAGCUGCUUUAUUGAAGGAAAAGGAUGAAAUAAUUACUCAGGUUAUGGCUGAAG